AUGUUGGCCCGAUCCCUCACCACAUUCGCCCGUCAUGACCUGGUGCCCGCGUUGCUGACUACUGCCCGAUCGACUCUCUCCGCACCUCUCCGCCUGCGCCGCAGUGUCUACCGAGGGAGCCAUGCCUCCAUUUUCGGCCGAGAAGUUGUGUUUACGGGAGCGCCAAGCUGGCAUUCGCCUGGUGGUGUCUUUGCCAGGGGUAAGAAGACAAAGUCUACGUUGAAACUUGACGAUCUACCCCAGGGCCUUCUGCCGUUGGAUCCCCGCCCUAUGCAAGAUGAGGGCCCAGCAUAUCCGACCGUCAUUCUACAGGCACGUCGAAACAUGCAAAAGUUCGAUAAUUGUGUUCUCUUGACGCGUGUCGGCGGCUUCUACGAGCUCUAUUUCGAACACGCCGAGGAGUUUGGUCCUCUGCUGAAUAUCAAGGUCGCCCAGAAGAAGACCAAUGCUGGCCCAGUUCCUAUGGCCGGGUUUCCUUUCUUCCAGCUGGAUCGUUUUCUCAAGAUCCUAGUCCAGGACCUGAAUCGCUACGUUGCUAUCGCUGAGGAGUUCCCCAACAAGGCGCCGGAGAAGGUCACCUCUGGUGGGCUGAUGCAUGAUCGCAAAGUUGCUCGCGUCAUCACGCCAGGGACUUUGAUUGACGAGAACUUCAUUGACCCUUACGCCAAUAACUACGUGCUGGCUAUUCAUGCCCAUGGCGCCGCGGCCCAGCCCGGAGGGGGAGGGGAAGACUGGUCCCAUUCAGCCGCUGAUGGGAGCGUGACUCCGGCAACUGGUGACCCUGCCGAACCACCCUCCUUGGGCCUCGCGUGGUUGGAUCUAUCCACCGGCCAAUUCUACACUCAAGCUUCCGAUCUGACAGCGCUCUCCUCGAUCUUGUCGAGGAUAUGCCCCAGGGAAGUCGUGCUGGACAGCGAGCUUGAAACUCAAACCGGCCAUGGCCUGUUUUCUAUACUUGCCGAGGACAGACACUUAGUCACGUACAGCCCGUUCGGCGAAAUCAGGCGUCUUUCUGAUUGGACAUCCAUGCUCGAAUCUGAAAUCCCUCAGGCGACGCUGGACGCCUUCACUGAAGGUGAGGUGAUGGCGGGGAGCCUGUUGCUACACUACGUCAAGGAGCGGUUGCUGGGGUUGAGCAUGAAGCUCCAGCCGCCGCAACGUCAUGAGAACAUGCAGAUCAUGAGCAUUGACAAGAACAGCAUGCGCUCGCUGGAAAUCAAACAGACCAUCAGAGACAGUAACUUCCGGGGUAGCCUGCUACAUGCCAUCAGGCGGACAGUCACGAAGAGCGGCGCGCGACUGCUCAACGAUUGGCUCAGUGCCCCGUCGACGUCGCUCGACGUUAUCAAACUGAGACAGGAUCUUGUGGCCCGUUUUAUCGAAGAGCCGGACUUACGGGACUCCAUCGUCCUGCUGCUCCGCCGCAGCCACGAUUCGCAGCGCCUGGUCCAGAAGUUUGCUCUCGGCCGAGGCGAUCCGGACGAUCUCGUGGCCCUGUGCAACACGAUCCAGGCCACGAACAACAUCAGACAGCUACUUGAGAAAGCGUCCGAUGAGUCCGGUUGCCUCGCGCAGAUGACCGUCCGCCUCGACCUCAAGAAACCCCUGACUCUCGCGCGGCGCAUCAAGGGGGCAAUCGACGAGGAUGGCAUCAUUCAGCAGCACGAAAUCGAGGAGAACGAGGCCGGGGAGAUGAUUGCCCUCGCCAAGGAAAUCGUCAGCACGGAGGGCACCGAAGACGACGCCGCCUCUUUGCCCAAGGGCGCCGCGAAGAAGAAGCGCCCGACCUCCGUCCGGGAGGCCUACGCCGACGACAACGAAGCCUGGAUAAUGAAACCCGAAGCGAGCCCCCUCCUCCGCCAGCUCCACGCCGACUUGGCGGCCCUGCAUGCCGAGAGGGAGACCCUUGCCGAAUCACUCCGCGAGCAGCACGACGCCGCCUCUCUGACCCUCCGCUGGAGUCCCGCCCUCGGCCACUUCUGCCACAUCAGAGGCAAAGACACCCGAUCCGUCCUCGAUAUCAAGGCUCUCAGCUCUAGCCGUUCCACGCGCUCCUUUCACGACCCCGGUUGGACCCAUCUCGGCCAGCAGCUUGAGCACGCCCGGCACAGCAUCCGCACGGAGGAGCAACGCGUCUUCCACGCUCUCCGCGCAGCAGUGGUUCUCAACCUCGUCAGACUCCGCCGCAACGCCGCCGUGCUGGACGAGCUCGACAUCGCCACUUCCUUCGCCAAGCUCGCCGACGAGCAGGGCCUUGCCCGGCCCGCGCUCAACAACUCGACCGCCCACACCAUCAUCGGCGGCAGACACCCCACGGUGGAGGGCGGACUGUCCGAGCAGGGCCGCAGCUUCGUCCGCAACGACUGCCUCGUGGGCAGCCCCUCAGCCGGCAAGCUGUGGCUGAUCACGGGUCCCAACAUGGCCGGGAAGAGCACCUUCCUCCGCCAGAACGCCCUCAUCACGAUCCUGGCGCAGAUUGGAUGCUACGUGCCGGCCGACUAUGCAGAGAUGGGCAUCGUGGACGCCAUCUUCAGCCGCGUCGGAUCGGCGGACAACCUCUACCGCGACCAGAGCACCUUCAUGGUUGAGAUGAUGGAGACGGCGCAGAUCCUGCGCAGCGCGACGCCGCGGUCUUUCGUUAUCAUGGACGAGAUCGGAAGGGGCACGACGCCCGAGGACGGUACCGCCGUCGCCUACGCCUGCCUGCACCACCUGGCCACGAUCAACCAGUGCCGCACGCUCUUUGCGACGCACUUCCACAAGGUGGCGGACCUGGCACUGGCAGACGGUCUCUGCGAGUCACAAACACGGGCGGUGGACAUGUACUGCACGGAUGUGGACGAGGAUGAAGAUGGUGGAUUUGUCUAUGUUCAUAGCCUACGGAAGGGCAUCAACCGACAGAGCCACGCUCUGAAGGUCGCGCAGCUAGCUAAUCUGCCAGAGGCGGCCAUGAAGGUCGCCAGGCAGGUUCUCGAACACUGA